AAAGAGAGAAAGAGACACCAAAAAAAAACAAGCGUGUUCUCACUUCACGGGGACGCGGUUGCUCCUUUGACUUCUUCUUCUUCUUCUUCUUCUUCUCUCUCUCCAUUUCUCUCUACCUUUCUCUCUCACCACUGGUUUGUUUCUAACAAAAACCAGUCAUUAUAACUGAAUUUUUGGAUUAGCUUCCAUAUUCCUCUGUUUCAUCCAUAAUACAAAAGUUUUAUUAUUAUUGUUUUUUUUUAGAUUUAAAGAUUGAUUCAAUCUCAUUUUUUUCAUUCACAUUUUGACCUAAGAAAAAGCAUAUAUAUAUAUAGAGAGAGAGAGAGAGAGAGAGAGAAAUAGGUGAUCAUGUCGUGGAUAAGAACAGCGAUGACCAAAGCGGUGGAAGCUGGUGGCGGAAACAACCUGACUCGCACCGUCCGCAACUACGCUGACUCCGUCGUCUACCAUGCCGGUAAUGCCGUCUCCGAGGGCGCCAAGAUCAUCCAGGACCGCAUUGGUCCUUGGAACUUGAAAAGCUUUAAGCACACCUUGAAACAAUUGGAAGAAAUGUCUGUGUCCUGUAGAGGGGUAGAAAGGAUUCAGUUACUGAGAAGGUGGUUGGUUGCACUCAAAGAAAUUGAAAGAUUAUCAUUGGGUUCUAAUGACCACAAUGAAAAGAAUCCCGAAGAGCGGCUUACUUUUGAUGAUUCCAAGGACUCUCCUAGAAAACCUAAUAUGGUUUAUUAUGUGGACUCUGACAUGGUUGGUGAACCAAGGAACUUUCGUAAUGUCUUUCUUCAGAGUGAAGCUCUUGAAGGCAUAACGUUGUCUAUGAUUCUUGAAGCACCAAAUGAGGAAGAAGUUCCACUACUUCUGGAGAUAUAUGGGCUCUGUCUUACCGGAGGAAAGGAAGUUCAUAAUGCUAUAAUCAGCAGUGUAUGUGAUUUGGCAAAAGCAUUCUUAGGAUACCAAGAUGAAGUACUGGCAAAGCGAGAAGAAUUGCUCCAAUAUGCUCAAGGUGCAGUUUCAGGAUUGAAAAUAAAUGCUGAUCUUGAAAGAAUAGAUGCUGAAGUUAGCAGUCUAAAGGAAAAACUUGAUAUAAUGAAGGAAUCCCAUCAUUCUUUAAUUGAAAGAAGUGCAAAAUCACAUGAAGAAAUGACUUUUUCAACUGUAGAGACUAUAAAAGAAGAAAUUGCACAAGUUCAACUAUGUUCCAAGUUGGAGGCACUCUUACUAAGGAAGAAAUCAUUGAGCAAUGGGGAUUCUCAAGAACUUCACGCUGAAAAGGUAGAUAAAUUGAAAAUAUUAUCAGAAUCUCUUGCUAAUUCUACCUCAAAAGCUGAAAAACGCAUUUUGGACCACAGGUCUCACAAAGAAGAAGCUCUCCUGUUUCGUGUGGCUAAAUCCAAUGAAGUUAACCAACUUGAGAAGGAAUUGGUGGUGGAGGUAGGAGAACUUGAGAAGCAAAAAGGUGAACUUGAAGCUGCAUUGAAAAAGGUCAAUAGCUCUUUGGCUGCGGCUCAUGCACGGCUACGCAAUGUGAGAGAAGAAAGAGAGAAUUUUGAUGAAGCAAGUAAUGAGAUUCUUGUUCAUUUGAAAACAAAGGAAGAUGAGCUGUUGAGAUCCAUUUCUUCUUGUAGAGUGGAAGGCAAUGUUGUUGAUACAUGGAUCCAUUUUCUUGAUAAUACCUGGGUUCUUCAGACCUCAUACACAGAGCAAAGGGAGAAGCAGGUCAAUGGUGAAUUGAAGAGAUAUGGAGAAUAUUUUGUGAAUUUGGUUAUUCAUCUUCUUUCUGCUUACAAGGAAAUGUUGGGGCGUUCCAUUACUCGUACUAGGAAACUUGUGGACAGCUUGAGUUCAAGUCAAGGGUCAGAAAUAUUGGCUAGCGCAGCUGAUGAAAGUUCAAAAAUAGCAAAGCCAAGGAAACAGCUUGAAGAAGAAUAUUUGGAGGUUGAAGCCAAUUUUAUAACCACCAUAAGUUCAGUGGACUCCAUUAAAAUGCAAUUAUACAUUCAGAAUGAAGGCAUUUUCAGGAAAGAUAAUCAGAAGGUCAAAGAACUGUUUGAUGCCCUUGAAAAGUUAAAAGACGAAUUUGAAUCAAUUGGGAGACCGAGAUUGGAAAUUGAGACUCCAACCCAAAAUCAAGAGACCCCAUCCAGUGAUAGGCCUCAUCAAAGUCCACACCCUACCUCUAAACAGAGUGUUGGGACCCUGCAAAACAAACAAGAUAAGGUAAACCACUCUUCCUCAAAUAAGAUUGUAAACCCAUCGGACCGAGUAGCAGAAGUGGCAAAGAAAGAGUCAGAAUUUGGGAAGGUUAGUGGAGAUGACUUGGCAAACGAGAUAGGUGAAUGGGAGAUUUGAUGCCAUUGUACAGGACUAAAAAACAGAAGCUGAUCAGCAAGAAGAUAAAGAAAAAGAUCAUUUUUAAUUUUAUGAUUCAUAGAGAAAAGAAAGCAUUUGUCCCACACGAAUUUCUUUCGUUAAUUACUGAACAGAUCACCCCCACACCAUCUUCAAGUGGGAGUUCUCUACCUGUAUAUUGAUUUGAUUUUUGAGUGAUGCAAUAUAGAUACCGAGCAUAUGUAACUUGUUAUCCUCGUACAUCCGAGGUUUGUCAUUUUUUAAGUAAACUUUUAUGAUCAGUUAAAAGAUGCCCGAAAAUUUGAACCAA